UCAAUCCUCCGCUGCGGCGAAGAUGACUCUGGAAAUCGAAGCUCGAGAUGUUAUAAAGAUUGUGCUGCAGUUCUGCAAAGAGAAUUCCUUGCAUCAAACGUUCCAGACGUUACAGAAUGAGUGUCAGGUUUCUCUGAAUACUGUGGACAGCAUUGAGACAUUCGUUGCGGAUAUUAAUGGUGGAAGGUGGGAUGCAAUUUUGCCUCAAGUGUCUCAGCUAAAGCUUCCAAGGAAUAAGUUGGAGGAUUUGUAUGAACAGGCAUUGUUAGAAAUGAUUGAACUUAGGGAAUUGGACACUGCUCGUGCCAUUUUACGGCAAACCCAGGUAAUGGGAUUUAUGAAGCAGGAGCAACCUGAAAGAUACUUGAGGCUUGAGCAUCUCCUGGUCAGAACUUACUUUGAUCCAAAUGAGGUUUAUCAGGACUCAACAAAAGAGAAAUGCCGAGCUCAAAUUGCUCAAGCUCUUGCUGCUGAAGUAAGUGUUGUCCCACCUUCACGAUUAAUGGCUUUGAUUGGCCAGGCUCUUAAGUGGCAGCAGCAUCAAGGUUUGCUUCCUCCAGGAACACAGUUUGAUUUAUUUCGAGGAACAGCUGCCAUGAAACAAGAUAUAGAUGAUAUGCACCCAACAACUGUAACACAUACCAUCAGGUUUGGGAAAAAAAGUCAUGCAGAAUGUGCUCGGUUCUCACCUGAUGGGCAGUUUCUUGUCUCUUGUUCUGUUGAUGGAUUUAUUGAGGUCUGGGAUUAUAUUAGUGGGAAGCUUAAGAAGGAUCUUCAAUACCAGGCUGAUGAAACUUUCAUGAUGCAUGAUGACCCUGUCCUUUGUGUUGAUUUCAGCAGAGACUCUGAGAUGCUGGCAUCAGGAUCACAAGAUGGUAAAAUUAAAGUUUGGCGUAUAAGAACUGGUCAAUGCUUACGCCGUCUUGAACGCGCACACUCUCAAGGUGUCACUAGUUUAGCCUUCUCUCGUGAUGGGAGCCAGUUACUGAGCACUUCUUUUGAUAAUACAGCAAGAAUUCAUGGAUUAAAAUCUGGAAAGAUGUUGAAAGAGUUUCGUGGCCACACAUCAUAUGUUAAUAAUGCCAUCUUUACAGCUGAUGGAAGUCGUGUUAUUACUGCCUCUAGUGAUUGCACAGUCAAGGUCUGGGAUGUAAAGACAACAGACUGCUUACAAACAUUCAAGCCACCACCUCCUUUAAGGGGAGGUGAUGCUUCGGUGAAUUCAGUUCAUCUUUUCCCUAAAAACACAGAUCAUAUUAUUGUAUGCAAUAAGACAUCAGCAAUAUACAUCAUGACGCUUCAAGGGCAGGUUGUGAAAAGUUUCUCAUCUGGUAAGAAAGAGGGUGGAGAUUUUGUUGCAGCCUGUGUCUCACCAAAAGGUGAAUGGAUAUACUGUGUUGGUGAAGACAGGAACAUGUAUUGCUUCAGCCACCAAACUGGUAAACUGGAGCAUCUAAUGACGGUUCAUGAAAAGGAUGUGAUUGGCAUUACUCAUCAUCCUCACAGAAAUCUUGUUGCCACAUACAGUGAAGAUUGCACCAUGAAAUUAUGGAAGGCUUGAGCAUUCAAAUUUAAUCCUCUGAAAAUCAAGUGUUAGCUUACAAUAUAUACUCGUGUAACUCAUUAUCAGGUUUUUGUUAUUUUUUCAAUUUCUUUUGACCACUAAUUAGUUGUCAAAAUUUCAUUAGCUGGUUGUGCAUUUGCUUAGUAACUUUAUUGCAAAUUGCUAUCACAGAAUCACCUCUAGCACACCAUAUCAACAAGUAUGUAUUUAAAUGCAUUGUGGAACUUAGAGCUUGUGAAUUGAUGAACAUCAGAAGACCAUUACACUGCCUACUGCCAAGCCAAAAUCGAAGCUUGUGUGCCCUCGGUACAAAAUUAGGGUGUGUUGUUGACUGUUGAGGAACUGCCAACAGCAACUCUAAUUUACUUGAUAGAAUCGCUAAUCUUCUUCAUUUCCAUAUAUCAUUUAGCAUAUUUGUUACGUGUUUAUGAAGUUCCAGAGCAAACCAUUCUUAUGCAAUCACUGAAAUUGCAUCCUGUUACUAAAAACGCAUCAUCCUU